UUUACACCAUUAAAAUACACAGUGAAAUGAGCGUUUUAUGUCUCCUGUCUGUGUAGGCGACCAGAGAUUCGUGCGCGCAUUUUGAAACGAAACCGUUUCACUACAGUAAAACAAGGCAGAAUUUCUCUCUCCGGCUUUCCUGUAAUAUUUCUGUGCUCGGUCUGUUUGUCAGCCAGUCUGCUUGUUGUCUUACCUUUCAUAUAUGCGUGUUUGUGUGCCGGUUUUAUGGUAGACAUAGAUUUAGUGAGCAAUGGAGUAAAAUCCCCCCGAAAGCAGAAACCUCCCAGUCCGGAAAUUCCCACAGAUGUAAGCAAAUCUACAUAACUCCGUGACGUAUAUAUGUCCGCUAUGUCUAUCUUAAAACCUAAGCAUUACAAAGACGUGUUGGUUGACUUUAAUUGCGUUUUCAAAAAUAUUAUAUUGCCGGACACAAUAUGUAAAAUACAGAAAAUUCUGCUACGAAGUAUAAGUUUUACACCACUCUCUUCCUAGUCAGACGUAUCGCAACUUCCGUACAGAAUCAUGCUUUCCAGUAAGAGAAGUGAAACCUUUUUUCUGUUUUUUUGCAUUUUACGAAAGAAGCUAAACGUGUUCGUGCUGGCAGGACAUCCAAACGGAAAGGACAUAGCAUGGCCCAAAGUGUUUUGAUGUGGCUCUUCUUGGCCGCACUGGGCGCUUCAUAUUUCCUGAGUGAGGCACAGACAGAAGGCUCAGAAACCGAGGAGGAUGAUGAUCAAGAUGUUGACUAUGACGAUGAAUUUUUUGAAGUCAACCUUUUCUUGAGGAAUCAGAGUGGAUAUAUGACCAAAGCGAAUUCUUCAAGACUCCCUCAAGUCGAAUAUGAAAACUUUACAAAAUCAAACUACUUGGAGGGCAUCGAAGGGCUUCCUCUGAAAAACCUUUCCUGCAUUGUGUACAACCACCAUCACCUGCAGUGUUCCUGGGCUGCCCUGAAGCUGCCCGCGGAUGCUCACUGUCACCCUCACUGUCACCCUCACUGCACCCUCACUGUCAGACAGCCUGAUCUCAGCACCACAAACUGGAACUGUCCCACCGGCACAAACGGAAAUGUUGUGGCAUGCCAGGCUAUAAUUAAUUAUGAGGCAUUACACAUGAAUUUACAGAUCAACGUGUCACUCCCAGAUGUGUGGUACCUCCACUCUCAGGAUUAUGAUGUAAAAAAUAUCGAAAAACUUAACCCUCCCCAGAAUAUAUCAAUGUCAGCUGUUUCUAAACAUAUCGUAAUCCGAUGGGACACUCCAUCCAGCAUUGGUGACCAUUGCUUCACUUACCAGUUAAAAAUCAACAAUAAUUCUGAGGUUAUUAAUGUUACUGCACAAAGGGACUAUACUAUAGCAGGGGCAGAUCCGACAAGGAGGUAUUCUGUGCAGAUGAGAGUCACCAAAACUGGGAUCUGCAGAAUAAACCAUAUAUGGAGUGACUGGAGUGACGUCUUGGUGAUGAAUCCCAUCAACCCCUCUGUAAUAAGCCUCGUGAUAAUAGUCAUCAUCACCUUCUGCAUUCCCAUGUUAGUGCUUUCCGUCCUGCUGCUCAUCAAACUGAGGAUCUGCGAGAAGCUGUUUCCUCCGGUUCCAGGACCUUCCAGAAAAAUAAAGAUUUUGCUGGAAAGAGAAGAUUUUUCAUGGAAACCAGGCCAGACAUACAGCAAGGGAAACAGGGACUACACAAUGGCAAGAUGCGGCUGUGAAGAGGAAGCAUGUGGAGGAAACAGUGACGCUGAAAACAGGCCACAUUUGUUGAAUUGCUGGACAGCCUCCAUCUAGACUUUUAUUCUAUCUGUAAUUUUAUUCCUUUGUGGCUUCCUUUAUUCUUACAGUGAUUUGCACGUACAAUUUUUACAGUGUUAACUGAAGAAUGAACUGAAUUUUUGAAUGUUUUCAGGUUUAAAUCAGCCAUGGGGGGGGGGGGGGUGUGCAAAGGGGUACAUGAAUACAUUUCAGAGGUAAAGUAAGGUGCAGUGUUACAGUUCAUACCCCUGUACACCAUUCAUUGUGGCGUGAGUUGAAAAACAUAAAACACUAAUAGAAAAGGCAUUUUAUUUUUAAGGGGGCUGCCACUGAUUGUUAGAUCACUGAGAAAAUGUCCUUUUUGUGGUAUAAGUUAUAACAGCACAGUUACGGAUUCAAAUAGCAGGUUUCUCUGCUCUGUUCCUUAGGGCUGAUAUCUGUGCAGCAUUUGAAUUCAGUUUUGUCUUUUGGUUUCAUAUAAAUCCUCCAAAGCGGACCUGCUGAUUUCAGGCAAUAUCAUCAUACUCCACGCAAAUAUUUUAAGUAAAGGCCAUGGUUGUACACUUUAGAAACUAAGCUAAUAUUUGGAUUUUUUGAAUGAAGGUAAACAGUGUUUAAGCUGCAGGGUGGUUAAAUUAUGGCGAAAGCUUUUCUGGUGUGAUUUGAAUUUGCUGCAAAGCAUAAACACACCACUGACAGACUGGCAUAAAGGGUCUGUCAUUUGGCAGCAACUUUUGAAGUUAUUUUGAUCAUGAUAUUUACUGGACAGGUUCGGUGUCUGUCCAGUUUGAAACAAACUACUCAAUUGGUGUAUGUAACAUGCUGUUUUAGAAUAUUGCAUGUAUGUAUAGAAUUUUUACAUGCUGGAAUAAAGAUGCUUUAAAAAUUUG